AUGUCGAAGCCUGAGAGUCAAUUGACGACGCACGAAAAAUCGCAAUGGACGAAGUAUGGGGACUUGAAAAAGUAUGGCUGGAAAAAGUCGUCCAGGAGAGAAGACAGAAACGUCAACAGCGAUGAGAUGGCACACACGAAACGUGUGCUGGAAGCUCUGGGAAUGCCUGAUCUCACGGACAAGUCUUGGAAAUUGGUACAUUGGAUUCACAAAAAGCCCGUCAAGGUGAGUGUGAGUCCAGACGCGCCUACUAUCUACUAUCCUUCGCCUUUCCCAACCCUGCAACAACUUUAACUGAUGACUUGCAUUCAUCAGGGCACUCGAGCCUAUCAUCGAGCCCUGUACAACCCGGGACACGGCAUAAUCAUAGCACUCAACGCUCAAUCCGUAUCGACGCUCUCUCCGCUCGCCCCUCUCCAUGCCUGGUCCGACAUCACCUUCCUUACGUAUAUGCAAAUCUGGAGAAGAAAGCGGCGGCCCAACGACGACAAAGCGAUCCGUCCUCCACCCUUAAGAUACAUCCUCCAACUCAACGUCAUCAGUCCCGACACUCUCUCUACUCUCUCGCAUAUCCUUGGAGUUGAGGAUCUCAAGGACUAUCGAGUACCGUUCCCGGGCGACACCAUCCAGGGUGUGCCCAACUCAGCGGACGCAAAGGCAUGCAUUGGCAUGUCAAACGGCAGGGGCGUAGCGUAUCUACUAGCUCAACACAAAUCGGUCUUUGGGCAGACGCGGAAGAUCAAGUGCAUUCAGUUCUGGGAUUCUGACGAAGGCAACGGGCCCCGUGGUGAGCAAAUGAGAGAGUUGCAGGGCAUACCAAAUAUAUUAUAUACCCUAGGUUGA